AUGACCCCGACACGCAAAAUUAACCCACUAAUAAAAUUAAUUAAUCACUCAUUUAUCGACCUCCCCACCCCAUCCAACAUUUCCGCAUGAUGGAACUUCGGCUCACUUCUCGGCGCCUGCCUAAUCCUUCAAAUUACCACAGGAUUAUUCCUAGCUAUACACUACUCACCAGACGCCUCAACCGCCUUCUCGUCGAUCGCCCACAUCACCCGAGACGUAAACUAUGGUUGGAUCAUCCGCUACCUCCACGCUAACGGCGCCUCAAUAUUUUUUAUCUGCCUCUUCCUACACAUCGGCCGAGGUCUAUAUUACGGCUCAUUUCUCUACCUAGAAACCUGAAACAUUGGCAUUAUCCUCUUGCUCACAACCAUAGCAACAGCCUUUAUGGGCUAUGUCCUCCCAUGAGGCCAAAUAUCCUUCUGAGGAGCCACAGUAAUUACAAACCUACUGUCCGCUAUCCCAUACAUCGGAACAGACCUGGUCCAGUGAGUCUGAGGAGGCUACUCAGUAGACAGCCCUACCCUUACACGAUUCUUCACCUUCCACUUUAUCUUACCCUUCAUCAUCACAGCCCUAACAACACUUCAUCUCCUAUUCUUACACGAAACAGGAUCAAAUAACCCCCUAGGAAUCACCUCCCACUCCGACAAAAUUACCUUCCACCCCUACUACACAAUCAAAGAUAUCCUUGGCUUAUUCCUUUUCCUCCUUAUCCUAAUGACAUUAACACUAUUCUCACCAGGCCUCCUAGGCGAUCCAGACAACUAUACCCUAGCUAACCCCCUAAACACCCCACCCCACAUUAAACCCGAGUGAUACUUUCUAUUUGCCUACACAAUCCUCCGAUCCAUCCCCAACAAACUAGGAGGCGUCCUCGCCCUACUACUAUCUAUCCUAAUCCUAACAGCAAUCCCUGUCCUCCACACAUCCAAACAACAAAGCAUAAUAUUUCGCCCACUAAGCCAACUGCUUUACUGACUCCUAGCCACAGACCUCCUCAUCCUAACCUGAAUCGGAGGACAACCAGUAAGCUACCCCUUCAUCACCAUCGGACAAAUAGCAUCCGUAUUAUACUUCACAACAAUCCUAAUCCUAAUACCAAUCGCCUCUCUAAUCGAAAACAAAAUACUUGAAUGAACCU